AUGUCGCAGAUUGAAUGCAAAGUAGAAAAAAUAAGUGAAUACAUAGAUACUAAAUAUUCUGGAGGUGACACUAACAAAAUGAAAUUAAAACAGCUUUACCAGGAAGAAAAUAACAACGAUAUCGAUGAAAUUACUAAAAAUUUUGACAUGGGAUGCAUAGUUGAUACUGUAAAACGACCGCCAAAUAUUUGCGUCGAAACGUGUGUAUACAAUUCAGAAUCUGAAAGUGAAAAAUCGGAAGAAAACGAUGAAAAUGAUGAUCACUAUUCAGAUGAGUUUGAAGAGGAUAGUGAGGUUGAGGAGAUAAAAAUAGUUACAAAGUCUGUCAGCGGUAGUUCAUCUAAAACACAAUUGGAUAACGAUCAAACAAAUAAAUCGGUUAAGAUGUCGAAAAGUCAUACAUCUGUAUCGAGCAAACCUCAGUCUAUAUCUGGCAGAUCUGACUAUGGAUCAAUCUCAGUACCCCAAACCCGUCGAAUUAAUAUGUCCUUCACAAAUGAAAGGUUACGAGAGAUUGAAAGGCACAAUCACAUUCUCUUGAACAAGAUUCUUGGUGCUCGUAAUAACAAAAAGUGUGCGGCGAAAGAUCCUGCCAAAAAACCUGUCCCAUCCGCUGCUGUCCAUAGAAAACUCAAACAGAGGCAAAUUGACCAUGAUAAUAUGAUUCUAUUAAAAAAAAUACAACGGGCUAAAUCUUCGGCCUACAGUGUUCGACGUUGA